GCUCAAAAAAAAAAAAAAACACAUGGAGCCAUGGACACGUUGCUCAUGCUGCUUAACUGAAUCAGGUUCCCUUCCCUCUGCUUGCUUCACGAACUCGCGGAAAUCCCGUCCCCUCCCAAAAUCUCACCAACGAGUCCACCCCAAAUCCAUCCACGAAUCUCUUCCUCACUCCAACUGCCUCCCUCCGCCGUCAAAAUCCAAUCUUUCCUCUCACCUCCGCCGCUUUCGGCACGCCCCUUCAACCCCAAGAUCGAUACUCUCUCCACCAAUCCGAUCCAAUCCGCAGCUGGGUUCCACGAAUUGCAAAGGUCUAGGCGCGGAUUGGAGCAUGGGGCUCCGAUCCCCCAACUCGAUGCUGUGGCUAGUACUACUGGUGUGGGCGGCGCUGCUGUGCGGUAGCUGCCAUGGGAGGUUCGUGGUGGAGAAGAACAGCCUCAAGGUGACGUCGCCCAGCGACAUGAAGGGCACCUACGAGUGCGCCAUUGGCAACUUCGGCGUGCCCCAGUACGGCGGCACCAUGGUCGGCGUCGUCGCCUACCCCAAGGCCAACAAGAAGGCCUGCAAGAGCUUCGACGAUUUUGACAUCUCCUACAAGGCCAAACCGGGCUCACUCCCCACCUUCCUCCUCGUCGAUAGGGGAGAUUGCUUUUUCACAAAGAAGGCAUGGAAUGCACAAAACGCAGGAGCAGCAGCCAUCCUUGUUGCUGAUGACAAGACUGAACCCCUGAUUACAAUGGACACGCCUGAAGAGAGUGGAAAUACAGACUAUUUAGAGAAUAUCACCAUUCCUUCUGCGCUGAUAACCAAGAGCUUUGGGGACAAGCUCAAGAAAGCAAUUGAUAAUGGUGACAUGGUUAAUGUGAAUUUGGAUUGGAGGGAGUCCCUGCCUCACCCUGAUGAGCGUGUUGAGUACGAAUUUUGGACUAACAGUAAUGAUGAGUGUGGCCCUAAAUGUGAUAGCCAGAUUGAUUUUGUCAAGAGCUUCAAAGGAGCAGCACAGGUACUUGAGAAGAAGGGAUACACACAGUUCACUCCUCAUUACAUUACCUGGUAUUGCCCAGAUUCCUUCAUUCUAAGCAAGCAGUGCAAGUCCCAGUGUAUCAACCAUGGGAGAUAUUGUGCACCUGACCCGGAACAGGAUUUCAGCAAAGGGUAUGAUGGGAAAGAUGUGGUAGUCCAGAAUUUACGUCAAGUCUGUGUUUAUAAAGUUGCUAAGGAGCAUGGAAAACCUUGGCUGUGGUGGGACUACGUGACAGAUUUUGCAAUCCGGUGCCCAAUGAAGGAAAAGAAGUACACCAAGGAAUGCGCUGAUGGAGUUAUCAAGUCACUUGGUCUUGAUCACAAAGCCAUAGAUAAGUGCAUUGCUGAUCCAGAUGCUGAUAAAGAAAAUCCUGUGCUGAAAGCUGAACAGGAUGCACAGAUUGGCAAGGGCUCUCGUGGUGAUGUUACCAUCUUACCGACUCUUGUAAUCAACAAUAGACAAUACAGAGGGAAACUUGAUAAAGGAGCGGUUCUUAAGGCAAUUUGUGCUGGUUUUCGAGAAACCACUGAACCAGCUGUUUGCUUGAGUGAAGAUAUACAAACAAAUGAGUGCUUGGAGAACAAUGGUGGCUGUUGGCAAGACAAGGCUGCUAACAUCUCUGCAUGCAAGGACACUUUUCGUGGAAGAGUUUGUGAAUGUCCAGUUGUGAAAGGUGUUAAAUUUGUUGGUGAUGGCUACACUCACUGUGAAGCUUCGGGAUCUGGCCAUUGUGAAAUUAACAAUGGAGGGUGCUGGAAGGAUUCCAGGCAUGGCCGGACAUAUUCUGCCUGCACGGUAAGCCAUCAGUUGGGGUAUUUGUUGUCUGCAUGUGUAGUUACAAUUCAAAAGCAUAUUUAUGCUGUUUUUAAUGUACAGAAUGAUGGUUGUAAAUGUCCGGAUGGGUUCAAAGGUGAUGGAGUCCACAAAUGCGAAGAUAUUGAUGAAUGCAAGGAAAGGACUGCAUGCCAGUGCAAGGAAUGUAAAUGCAAGAACACAUGGGGAAGCUAUGAGUGCGGUUGCAGUGGCGGCUUGCUUUAUAUGAAGGAGCAUGAUACAUGCAUAAGCAAAAAUGCAGCAACAGAGGUAGGAUGGAACUUCUUGUGGGUGAUCUUCUUUGGCCUAGUGGUAGCCGGCAUUGCAGGAUACGCAGUAUACAAGUACAGGAUCCGGAGGUACAUGGAUUCAGAGAUCCGCGCCAUCAUGGCCCAGUACAUGCCCCUGGACAACCAAGGAGAUGUUCCCAAUCAUUCUCACCAUAUCGAGCUAUGAAAAGAGUGAGGAUAGCAUGCAACUUCCCCCCAUGUUGCCCAAAUGGGAUGAGAAGAGGUGAACAACUCCUGGAGAUCAUGACACAGCCUGACGAUAUGUGUAGUAGUAUCACUCUGACGAUCUUAUGUUUAGCAAAUUUAGCCCAUGUAAAUUUCUGGAUUAUCCUGUGGCCGCAUAAUUUCAAUCGUACCUGGCUGCUUUGCUCCCAUAUAGCGCUGGGGAAAUAUGGAGAUUGCAAAAUUAGGCAAGUUUGUGAUCUCGAGGAAGAACACUAGUAUGGCAUUUCCCACCAAAAAAGACUAGUUUGGAAAGCAUGAAUUUUGUAUAGAAUUUUCGUGUGAAUCAGUUUUGCUUGGUUCUUGCGGAAAAAGAAAAAUCAGGCAUUCCAUA